AUGUUUUCUCUUAUGCAGGGACUGUGGAGUUACAUGUUCAGCAAGACUGAGUUCCAUGUGCUCAUUCUUGGUAUCGACAAAGCUGGAAAGACGACUUUUUUGGAGAAACUGAAGACGAUAUACUCAAUCUCUGAAGGUCUUCCUCAUGAUCGAAUUGUUCCUACUGUUGGGCUUAAUAUUGGUCGUAUUGAAGUCUCCAAUGCUAAAAUUGUGUUUUGGGACCUGGGAGGUCAGCCUGGUUUGCGGUCGAUUUGGGAGAAGUAUUAUGAAGAAGCACAUGCAUUGAUAUAUUUGAUCGAUGCAGCUUGCCCAUCCCGCUUUGAAGAUUCAAAAUCUGCUCUAGAAAAAGCCCUGCGGCAUGAGGAUUUGCAAGGAGCCCCUCUUUUGAUAUUGGCAAACAAACAAGAUCUCCCAAAUGCUGUAUCGGCUGAGGAACUGGACCGAUACCUGGAUCUAAAGAAAUUGGACGAAAGGGUGUACAUGUUUGAAGCAGUUUCUGGAUAUGAUGGACGAGGGAUCAAAGAAAGUAUAGAAUGGCUGGUUGGGGUGAUGGAGAGAAGCAAAAGAACUGAAACAUUAAGAGCCCGUGCAGGAUAUGUGCCCGUGCCAACUUCCUAG